AUGGCGCAAUAUUUCUUCGAUCUCUUAUACAACUUCACGGAUUGCAUGUGUUGCUUUCCUAGCUCUCCACAGCUUAAGAUCAACAAUCGGAGUUUCAAGCUCAUGCGGCUGCUUGGCGAGGGCGGAUUUUCCUACGUCUACCUCGUCCAGGAUAAAGCCACUUCCGAAUUGUUUGCGCUGAAAAAGAUUCGCUGUCCAUUCGGCCAGGAAUCCGUAUCGCAAGCUCUGAAGGAAGUGGAGGCCUACAACCUAUUCAACUCCCAAUCGAACAUCAUCCACUCGAUCGACCACUGCGUCUCCACAGAAUCCGGCUCCAAGUUCCGAUCGGACGGCGGCGAUCCAGGGUCCAAAACUGUCUACAUCUUGCUCCCAUACUACCAGCGCGGCAACCUGCAAGAUGCCAUCAAUGCCAACCUGGUCAACCACACCAAAUUCCCCGAGAAGCGGCUGAUGGCGUUGAUACUUGGUGUCGCGGACGCACUUCGCGCGAUGCACCAGUACCGCGUGAAGAGUGGAGCUUCAUCUACCCGCAAGGCUAAGGGUGUGAGGAGAGAAGGGGAGGAGGCAGAUGCCGAACGGACGAUGCAGAUGAAGCCAAAACGGCGGGCGAGUCAUCGCGCUGACGACGAGGAUGAGGAGAAUGAACCUCUCAUGGACGAUGAGGUUACUCGCAGUCAGGAGGGUGUGGAAGAUGGGGACCUGCGUCCCUAUGCGCACCGAGAUGUGAAGCCUGGAAACAUCAUGAUCGCAGACAAUGGUCAAACCCCUAUUUUGAUGGAUCUCGGCUCAUUGGCGCCCAGCCCUAUCGCUAUUACCUCUCGCUCGCUCGCGCUGGCAGUCCAAGAUACCGCGGCUGAACACUCAACGAUGCCAUACCGUGCACCUGAGCUCUUCGACGUGAAGACCGGCUCUAUCAUCGACACUAAGGUCGAUGUCUGGUCGCUAGGUUGUACCUUGUACGCCUGUUUGGUCGGAAAGAGUCCCUUCGAGGCACGUAGCGAAGAGACAGGCGGUAGUUUGAGUAUGUGUGUUCUCGGUGGUGAUUGGCGCUUCCCCGAUGAGAAGUCCGGCGCUUCAAAGGGGAAGGCCAAGUCCGGCGAAGGCGAGGCAUCCAAGAAUGAUGACCCGGCGAUCAGCGAGGCUGUCAAGGAUGUGGUUCGCAAGUGUCUCACCGUCGAACCUUCCGAACGACCCGACAUUGAUGAGCUGAUCGAUCUCAUGAAGGGCGUGAUUGCGCAAAUGCCCGAGGACGACGUCGCAGUCAUUUUAGCGGGUCUCAAGAGAGGUGACCUAGCCGCCGCCACUGCUGAUGCCCUCGCUGCAGCGCAAGCCUCCACCAUCAUAUGCACCGGCCACUGCCAACCCGAGCUUCAGCCAGUCAUUGACCACAUCAAUCGCAAGUUCAAGAAUGCCAAUAUGAUCUUUGUCACCGCGGACUCGAGCAGUCUGGCCUCGAUGCGCGAAGCCGGCCAUGUAAUCAAGAGAAUAGGCCUUCCCAUAGAUGGAUUCAUAGGCUUCCCAUCCGUCAUGGCUGUGCCAUGGGAGAUGACGGCGGAUGGGCACGAGUCGCACUUUCAGAAGAACUAUCUGUCCUAUUUCUUGCUCGUGAAUGUGAUUCUCGAUCUCAUGGUGCCGAAGUCCAGAAUUGUCCUGGUCACGUCUAGUAUGCGAGUCGAAGCGCCGGCACCGACGUGGAGGGAUAUUCGGUUUUCGAAUGGAGAAGAUUAUCACUGUCUCGAUGGAUAUGCACAAUCCAUGCAGGCGAUCAUUCUAUUCAUCAAGUCUCUCGCGAAGAAGUAUGAAAGCCGCUCGAUCACUGCUUUUUCAGCCAACCCGGGAAGUAAGUAUUACUCUGUAUCAGUCAACAGUGCUGACUUUGAUAGAUACCAAGACCAAUGUGCGGACGUAUGUUACGACAGAGCAGAUAGAGACAUGGCUGCAGCGGAAGGCGAUAAGUAA